UUUCGUUGUAUAAAAAUGAAAAUUCUUGUUACUUUUGUUACAGAAAAAGCAACAGAUCACUGCGACAAUGUGUCGAUUGAUAGUGAUCAACAGUAUGAGAUUGAGUAUCUUGAGCAAGACGAUCAAACAUAUUAUGAGGAUAUUGAGUACAUAAAUAUAGAGGAUAAAGGUAAAGAAAUGGAACACAAGAUAAAAAGCAUUUGCAAGCAACCUGUGUUAGGAAAAGUUAAAGGAAAAACUUGCAUUUGGAAUUUCUUCGACUUGGCUAAAGGUGAGAAUGUAUACACGUGCACGUUCUGUUCAAAGGAAAUAGCAAUUUUUCCAAAAAACGUGUACAACUUACGGCGCCAUAUCAAGACUUGUCACACCAAAGAAUUCGAAAUUAUCAUGAAAUACGCACCGCCGCAUGAUUAUCUAAGAAAAUUCGUCAAAUUAGAAAUAUUUAAGAAUAUUCACCAAUCAAUGGAUGAAUCGGCACUUACGUCCGAUGAAGGAGAAUCAGAUGAAUCAAAUUUCCCAAAAGAGGAGUCUGUAUUGGUUUCUUUGUCGGCUGAAGACGAAACUCAAAACGAAGCAGAAUUAGACCUUCAAUUUGUAGAAGAUAUUCAAAAUAUUUGCAAGAAGACCAUCAUUGGUAGAUCGAAAUCCAAAACCUGCAUAUGGAACUUCUUCAAACGCGGAAAGGACAAUGAUUAUGUAUGCAUGUUUUGUUCGGCAUCUGUAAAGGUGUACGCGAACUUCGUGAGUAACUUGAAGAGACAUCUUCAGUCGCGACACAAGAAGGAAUACUUGGUGAUAUUAUCAAGCGCGCCUAUGACUGAUUCCAUUCACCAAAGGCGAAAUAGAAAUAACAGCGAUAGUUGUGCAGAUAUUUCCGAGUCAUUUGUCAAAGAUAACUUUGACCGGCUCUACAACGGGUCGUAUUUGUGUAAGCACUGUCAAAGUGUCUUUGAAUGUUCUGGAAACCUAAACAUUCUGCACUAUCACAUUCAGGACAAACAUCUGGAAAUGAAUCAAGAUCUCAAUGAACAUGGCGAAAUCCAAAUGGUCAUAGUACAAACAUCUGAAGAAUAAAUAAUAAUUAUGCUGGGUCACACAAACUUUCAUUAACUAUAACAAACGUUAAAUCAGUCAAAAUCCGUAUAAACAUACACGGUUAUGGUUAUACUUACGGUUAACGAAGGGUGGUGAAAAUUAGCCUUUAAAAUACUUUUGUUUAU